CAGCUUUCUACCUCUCACUGUUGUGCUCUCGAUGCGUUCUUCUGAGGCGCGUUCGAAAUGUCAGUCGGUGCAACCCGUACAUAUCACACUUCCAAUGGCACUGGGAAACUUGAACGUGUCUUACUAGGCUCUCAAAAAUCCACGACGUCUUCCAUGACAAACGAUCAAACAAACCACGGGAUAAGUCAAACAACAAAUGCGGUUGGUGGAGCCGGUACAACAUGCUCUGCUGCUUCCCCAGUGAGUGGUGGUCUCAGUGUCAGCAGCCACACUUUGGAUAGGGUCAAGGUUGCCAAGAUCACGUUGGAACACUAUUACGACAAUUUGAUCGUGCAAUACAGGGAGCGUCGAAGCCGGUACGAAAUCCUCGAGUCUAUGAUGGAAAGCGAAGGACUCAAUGAAGAGCAAAAACAGGCCAAACGAAUGCAGCAUGCAUUGAAGGAGAGCGAAUUUCUUCGACUCAAGCGUGCUCGCCUCACGGUGGAUGACUUUUACCCUCUCAAAAUUAUUGGCAAAGGCGCGUUCGGAGAAGUUCGAUUGGUCCAAAAACAGGACAAUGGAUAUAUUUACGCCAUGAAGAUUCUACACAAAGCUGAUAUGCUUCAGAAAGAUCAAGUUGCUCACGUACGCGCUGAGCGCGACAUUCUUGUCAAGGCCGAUAAUCCUUGGGUUGUCAAAAUGUUCUACUCCUUCCAGGAUUCCGUCAAUCUCUACUUGGUCAUGGAAUUUCUCCCUGGUGGGGACAUGAUGACCUUGUUGAUGAGGAACGACACACUCACUGAGUCUCAAACUCAGUUCUAUAUCGCCGAAGCAGCAUUAGCAAUCGAUUCUAUCCACAAAAUGGGAUUCAUUCAUCGAGAUAUCAAGCCAGACAAUUUACUCCUGGAUGCAAAAGGCCAUAUCAAGCUCAGCGACUUUGGCCUGUGUACCGGCUUGAAAAAGGCCCAUCGAACGGAAUUCUACAAGGACCUGUCCCAAGCGAAACCAAGUGAUUUUUCAUCCGAUCAUGCGGACUCCCGGAGACGAGCGGAGGGUUGGAAUAAGAAACGCCGGCGUCUGGCCUAUUCAACGGUUGGUACUCCAGACUAUAUUGCCCCAGAAGUGUUUCAGCACAAAGGCUACACAAACUCUUGUGAUUGGUGGUCUCUAGGAGUGAUCAUGUUCGAGAUGCUCAUUGGUUAUCCUCCCUUUUGUUCAUCCACACCGCAAGAGACGUACAAAAAAGUUAUGAAUUGGAAGGAUGCAUUAAUAUUCCCGCAUGAGAUGCCCAUCAGAGCAAAUGCUCGUCACCUCAUUCAGUCGUUUUGCUGCGGUGCCGAAUCACGGUUAUCUAAUCUGGACGAGAUCCAGCGGCAUCCCUUCUUCCUCAAUGUUGACUGGGACCACAUCCGCGAACGGCCAGCAGCGAUCGCUGUAAACAUUCGGUCGAUUGAUGAUACCAGCAACUUUGAUGAAUUUCCAAAUGCUGAUCUUAGUUGGCCCAACGUGACUGAUCCGAUGAAAAGUUACCAGAAGAAUUUGGCAUUCAUCAACUACACCUACAAAGCCUUUGAUGGUUGGACUAACACUGACCGAAUAUUGGGGCACCAACUGUCACAACAUCAGCAGCAACAGCAACAACGGUACCAGAAUGCGGUUCAGUCCAAAGAAUUGAGCAAAAUCCCGUCCGCUAGAUAGAAACGAUAGCAGCGUAUCCAUCUUCAUCGCCACUGCACACACCCACAAGCAUGCCGUUGUCUUUCUUCUCAGGCUCCAAAAUCAGUGUUCAAUCUGUCUACAAUGAUGAACGGUUCCCGCUCGAAUAUGGUCAUAGUCACGAUGACAUACCGUUCAUGACGAACCAUGUGUGCUAGUACGCACAAAACAGAUAAUGAUCUAUCAAUCCCUUCUGUGAUUCGACUCCAGCAUUUGAACGCCUUUUGCAUUCAUCUGCCCGUCAUGUUAUUUCUCUUUGGGUGUCACUACGCAAGUAGACAAUCUGCUUCUCACACCUACUCCUCACGACCUCCUGUCUCGCUCCAUACCACCUACCACCUGUCUUUCUCCACUUCGUUCAUUUGCUCCAGUUCAGAUGCGAUUUGAUACCAGUUCUUCAGGCACUACUGAUUCCUUGCUGUUCAUUCCACUGGUCCUUUCACUCUCUAUUUUUCAAAACUUGCACAGACACCCUGCAGGUUUCAUAUAGGCUUGUUUCCACCCUAGUCGCAUGUACCCCUGUAUGGCCCGUGAUCUGAAUACGCCACCAUCUCCAUCCAAUGGAACUGACUAAUUUUUCAACCUUUAGAUUAUUCUUUCCUCAUUAUUCGCUCACAUUACUUAGUUAAGUGAGUUCCACGCGUUUUUCGUCACUCGCCUAAGGAGAGAAGGGCAUCUAUUUCUCGCUGUCCCAAUGUUUCCUACGACUCUCGCACUACUCACCUUUCGUCAGUAGCUUUGUUUUCUUUUUAAGCCGAAAUACCAACACCUUCGUGGUCAUGUCCAACGAUGACUCCCCAGAAAACCGGUCUAGUAUGAGUGCAUAUCAAACCUGCUCGUUGACGUCACUUGCUUCGAUUAUUUUUCUGUGCUAACCUAACUGAAGCGAUGGAUUACACAAAUUCGCUCAACUGGUUGGCUGCUUCUUGGUACAGUCGACCUAAUUAUCGAACCGUCCUUGUGCAACUUAUGUUCUAUCUCCCAGCUCACCAAAUCAUCAGUGCCGUGAAACAAUAGAGCGAAGUGCUUUCCUCUUACCUACACAAAUUGUCACGUGUGUCUAAUGAUAAUGCUUUGUGGUUUUGUGUACUUUCUCACCACCAAACUAUUCCAUCCGUUCAUACACUUAUUCCAUGCACACAUGAUGUAACCAUAGCUAUGCACUUGCGCACAGUACAAUCUUUGUCACAGGGGCCCAAAACCCUAUUUCUCUCCUCCAGUGGUGGACACUGUGGACACUGUCUGCUCACUUAUAGUCAAAGAAGUGGCUUUCGUGUGACUGCCUUCUUUCCAGCUCUCUAUUCACACCCAUUUAUUUUCCCUGUUCAGAUUUGAGCAUUCAAAAUUGUUGGUUUAUUCGUCGCUCAACGGACGCGAAAACACAUUUUGAGUGCGUUUUCUUAGCUAUUUAUUACGAUGCGAUGUUGUACACAGACCGAUACAUUCGUCACGAAUUAUUUGGUCUUGACGCCUUCUCAUAGUCAGUCAUAUCGGUCGCUUUCCCUUCCUAA